AUGAUGCUGUCGACGCUGGCCUUCGUCAGUUGCGCCGUUCUGGCUUGGGCAGCGCCGCAAGCGAAAGGAGGCGUGCCUCAAGUUACAAUCAAGAGUCCACAAGCCAACAUCAAAGGAACGACAAAAGGAUUUCUCGGAGCAAAGGCCGGCGAAGUCGAGUCUUUCAAUGGAAUCCCAUUCGCGAAGCCUCCCAUCGGCGAGCUGCGUUUCAAACCUCCGGUUCGUCUCACGGAACCUAUGGGAAACGUCGACGCAACGACCGACCAGCCCGAAUCUUGCCCACAAUUUGCGUUGAAUACCAACUUUGGCUCUCCUCUCAUCCCUCCAGAUCUUCUCGAUAAGGUUCUCAACUUGCCUAUUCUGAAGAACUUGGCUGUGGGACAAGAAGACUGCCUCACGAUCAACGUUCAGAGGCCAGCCGGAACUACCGAAAACAGCAAACUCCCGGUCAUGUACUGGAUCUUCGGAGGCGGCUUUGAGCUCGGAAGUACAUCGAUGUAUAACGGCGCUGGUAUUGUGGCGGAGGGUAUGUCCACGGGAAAGCCGAUCAUCUUUGUGGCCGUGAAUUACCGGGUAGGAGCUUUUGGCUUCAUGCCCGGAAAGGAUCUCAUGAUGGAAGGAAGCUCCAACGCCGGACUUUUGGAUCAAAGAAUGGGCCUCGAAUGGGUACAAGACAACAUUGCCAGUUUUGGCGGAGACCCAGACAAGGUUACUCUCUGGGGAGAAUCGGCCGGAGCUAUUUCGAUCUUCAGCCAACUUACACUCAACAAUGGCAAUAUCACUCGCAACGGAAAGGCUCUCUUUCAUGGCGCGAUCAUGAACUCGGGUUCUGCUGUUCCAACAGAUCCCAUGGACUCGCCAAAGGCCCAGAAGAUCUACGAUCAAGUAGUGACCACGGCUGGGUGCGGUAACAGCGGAGAUCGUCUCAAAUGCCUCCGAGAUCUUCCUUACGAUGACAUGCGAAAAGCGGCAAACUCGGUUCCUGGGCUUCUGAGUUUUAGCUCUAUCGCUCUGUCAUAUCUUCCUAGACCAGACGGCAAGGCCAUUGUUUCCAGUCCCGAAAUCUUUGCGACAUCGGGCAAGCUUCCCAAGGUCCCCUUCAUUCUCGGCGACCAAGAGGACGAGGGCACCCUUUUUGCACUCUUUACACCAAACAUCUCGACCACGAGAGACGUUGAAAAUUAUUUUUCAACUCUCUUCUUCAACAACGCUUCCCCCCAGCAAGUCAAAGCUCUCGUCGCAACAUACAAGAACCGCCCUUCCGCAGGAUCGCCUUUCCGAACAGCUGGCUUCAACAACGUGUAUCCGCAAUUCAAGCGCAUGGCCGCCAUCUUGGGUGAUUCUGUCUUCACUCUGACCCGCAGGGCAGUUCUCAACAUUUCCAACACAGUCCAGCCUGACGUCCCGAACUGGAGUUACCUAGCCAGUUAUGAUUAUGGCACUCCAGUUCUCGGCACCUUCCAUGGCUCUGAUCUCCUUCAAGUGUUCUAUGGAAUCAAGCCAAACUAUGCUGCUUCGGCCACGAGAGCUUACUAUUUCAACUUCGCCUACAAUCAGGAUCCUAAUGACUCAAAGGGUGGUACUGGCGUCGCAAAUGUCAAGCUGAUUGAUUGGCCAAAGUGGAAGGAUGGUGGCAAGCUACUACACAUGAUGGCAGACAAUGCUGACCUGAUUGAUGAUGACUUCCGCCAGGAAAGUUUCAACUUUUUGCUUAACAACGUACAGAGCUUACGUUUUUGA